UGGCUAACAUUUACAUUGUGGCACAUGUUUGUUAGCAUGUUCUCUAGCAUGGCAAACUUUCCAACACUGUGGCUCCUAUUUGGCUAGUUUUCGUUAGCGUUUUCACCAUUGUAGCUAAGCGUCCACGGGCUAUUAUCAUUCUCAAGGCCGUACUUAGUCAUGUAAACAUUAGCAUGUCAUAAUUUCCAUACACGUAUAGACAGUUUGGUGUCAGAAAGGUUCUCGAAGAGGUUCUCCAUGUGUCUAACUAGUUUGUAAGAGACCAGAAGACCUUAUGUGGACCAAACAUCCUGGAAGAAUGCUCAAGGAAGAGUGUAUGGAGGCCUUGUGAAGAAGAUCUCAUGACGAGCCAGAACUAAGCAUGGACUGUUUUGAUGGCCUCGGGACAUGAGGAGGAGGGGCGUAUAAAAAUACAAACAUGACAAAAGUCCACACUCUGGCAGACUCCAAAGAGAGUUCUUGCCUGACUGGACCACUCGUGACCACAGCCUGGUUCCGAUCGGCAGACAUGGACAAGUGCGACGACCAACUGAGUCCCAGAGAGCGAGAACUGCUGAGGAUUCGCCGGGACAGUGACACCAAGGCGGCACAACUGGUGAAGAUGGAAAAGUUACUGCAGCAGACCAAAGACCUGAUGGACAAGAAGACCGAGUCUGGGUGUGAGAAGGCCCAAGAGAACAUGGUGGAGGACCUGGAGGAGAAGGUGCGGUCCAGCAGGCGUCACAGGAGGAAUUCUCUACAUCACACUCAGAUGUUGGAGAGCCAGAUGAAGACGGUCAAGGGGGAACUGGUGGGAACACUUGACCACCUCCAGGAGCUCCGCAACGUCCUUCAACGCUCGCAGCAGAAGGCUGAGGAGCGCAAGGCCGCCAUGGAGAAGCUGGCGGCGGGCCUCCGGUGAACAUAAAGGUGAACGUGAUCUUCAAGGACAAAAGACAAGUUCAAAUGACUUUUUUCUUCAAAAGCACACAAACUGCUCCUCUUCUUCUUCUUCUUUGUCCUCAACACUUUGUGACCUAAACAACAUACAAGAGACAUUUCACACAAACAUACUUUUUGCGGAAUAAAUGCAAAGAAAGACA